GAAGAGACCAUCAAUAGAAGCCAACCAAGUUGAACUGCUAACAACAUCGACACCACCACCACAACAAAGAGAACCCAAUCUCUCGCUCACUUUCUCGCGUAAGAUGGCCGUCGCCUCGACAUCCCUGGCAUCCCAACUAUCGGCUCAGUUCUCCGGCCUCCGCCGAUCCUGCCCCAAGCUCGACCACUCUCACUCUCACUCCUUAUUUCAACAAGUCCACUCCCAUAUCCGCCUCUCUUCCUCUCGUAAAGGCUCCCGCGGUGUUGUCUCCAUGGCCGGCACUGGAAAGUUCUUCGUUGGUGGAAACUGGAAGUGUAAUGGGACAAAAGAGUCUAUCACUAAGCUUGUCUCUGACUUGAACGGUGCAAAAUUGGAGGCUGAUGUUGAUGUUGUUGUAGCACCUCCCUUUAUUUACAUUGAUCAGGUAAAAAACACGUUAACGGCUCGGAUCGAGAUAUCUGGUCAGAACUCUUGGGUUGGAAAAGGAGGAGCGUUCACCGGAGAAAUCAGUGUGGAACAAUUGAAUGAUAUUGGUUGCAAGUGGGUUAUUCUUGGACAUUCAGAGAGGAGACAUAUCAUUGGUGAAGAUGACCAGUUUAUAGGAAAGAAAGCUGCCUAUGCUUUGAGCCAGGGCCUGGGAGUAAUUGCUUGUGUUGGGGAAAAGUUAGAAGAAAGGGAGUCAGGGAAAACUUUUGAUGUCUGUUUUCAGCAACUGAAGGCUUUUGCUGAUGCAGUGCCUAGUUGGGAAAAUGUGGUUAUUGCUUAUGAGCCUGUAUGGGCCAUUGGGACUGGUAAAGUUGCUACACCCAUCCAAGCACAGGAAGUACAUGUAGCUCUUCGUGAUUGGCUUAGGAAGAAUGUCUCAGCAGAAGUUGCAUCUAAAACACGAAUUAUUUAUGGAGGGUCUGUAAACGGAGGCAAUUCUGCUGAGCUCGCCAAGCAAGAAGAUAUUGAUGGUUUUCUCGUUGGCGGUGCUUCCUUGAAGGGCCCUGAAUUUGCUACCAUCGUCAAUUCUGUGACAUCCAAGAAAGUUGCCGCUUGAUUAUGAUGGUUUUGGCAACGAGAGCAAAAAUUGGUGAGGAGAAGCUGUUUCAGUUUGAAGUAUAGUCUAAUAAAACUAUGUGCCGGUUUUCUUGGAUGGGUUUUUGAUCAAUUUCAAUUUAUUAAGGUAGAAAAUAUUUUCGUUUGUUUUCCGUGGGCUACCUCUCUUCUGGGGAUAACUAGAGGUAUACAAGUCAUGUUUUGGUGGCAUAAGUUAUUAAUGACUGGCAUCUGUAUCAAGAAUUUGAAGUUUUUUUCCUACAAGUUUGAUUUGCAUGACGUGAACUUUAUAUGGAAAAUACUACCGUGGACAAAGGUCUUCUCUCGAA